UGUCCUCAAAUGCAGUCUAUAUAACCAAAGCCGUGAAGUUGAGUUCAACCCGGAAAAUGGAGAAGGAGCCGCCUAGAUUACAUCUGCUAAGAGAAGUAGAAGUGCUGAUUGAUGGAAACAAAUAAAUGAUUGCAAUACCAGGUUUGAGGAAGAAGAAGAAGAUGACGUUUUAUUAUGGGAGAAUAAGCAGCAACAGGCGAUCCCCAGGUUUCAAUCAUGCAAUGUCGUCAUCCAUUGCCAACAUCGGAGAACUCUGUACAGAAGGUUGGUUGAAGGAGGCUGCAAACAUUCUGCUUACUAUGCAGAACCCUCGUAUAGACGUUUCUCCAUAUCUUAAAAUAUUGCAGACCUGCAUUGCCGGGAGUAGCCCUCUAGAGGAUAAGUCAACUCACUUUUUCGUCAGAAGUAGCGGAUAUACAGGAGUGACACCGACAUUUUUAAGAAACAAACUUAUAAAUUUAUAUAGCCGAUCCGGAAGUUUGGACGAUGCCCGCAAAGUUUUUGAUAACAUGAAAGAUCCAGACAUCUUCUCAUGGAAUAUGAUAAUUGCAGCUUACGUAAGGCAUGGAAAUCCUCAAGAGGCGUUGGCACUAUUUAAGCAAAUGCAAUUAACAGGUGUCCAACCUGAUCAAUUCACUUUUGCCAGCAUUGUCUCUGCGUUUGCCCAAAUGGGAGCUUUGGAAAAGGGUAUCGAGAUUCAUCAAAGAAUAAUCGAAGGAGAAUUUUUGUCAGAUGUUGUGGUUGCAAACACCCUGAUAAACAUGUAUGCAAAAUGCGGAAGCAUACAAAAGGGGCGUGAAUUGUUUGACAAAAUGGAGCGACGAGAUGCCUUCUCAUGGACUGUGAUGAUUGCGGGAUAUGCACAAAAUGGUGUUGUCCACGAGGCUUUAAGGCUUUUGAGCCUAAUGCCUAGUAGAAAUGUGAUCUCAUGGAAUGCAAUGAUUGCGGGUUACUCGCAACAUGGGUUUCUUGAAAAGGCCAUGGAUGUUUUUAAGCAAAUGCAAUUAGCAGGUGUAAAGCCGGACUCUAUAACCUUUGCCAGCAUUGUUCCAGCGUGUGCCAAAAUGGGAGCUUUUAAACAGGGUAUGGAGAACCAUCAGAGAAUAGUCAAAACGGGAUUUUUGUCGGAUGUUAUUGUUUCAAAUGUGCUUAUAGACAUGUAUGCAAAAUGUGGAAGCAUAGAGAAGGCUCGCCAAUUGUUUGAUGUAAUGCGUACACGAGAUGUGGACUCGUGGAAUUCACUCAUUUCUGGAUAUGUCCAAAAUGAUGAUUUUGAGGAAGCUUUAAGACUUUUCAAUGAAAUGCCUCAACGAAAUGUGGUCUCGUGGAAUGAGAUGAUCGUUGGAUAUGUACAAAAUGGUGUUCUUGACGAAGCAUUAAGGGUUUUUCAAGAAAUGCCUCAAAGGGAUGUGAUCUCAUGGAAUGUGAUGAUAUCUGGAUAUAUACAAAAUGGUGUUCUUGAUGAGGCGUUAAGGCUUUUCAAUGAAAUGCCUCAACGGAAUGUGGUCUCAUGGACUGCAAUGAUAGUGGGAUAUGCACAAAAUGGAUUUGUUGAAAAGGCCUUGCAGAUUUUUAAGCAAAUGCAGUUGGCAGGCAUAAAGCCUAACUCGGCAACCUUUGCCAGCAUUCUCCCAGCAAGUGCGAAAGUCGGAGCUUUGGAUUGGGGUUUGGAGAUACAUCAAAGAAUAAUUGAAAGUGGUUUUUCAUUACAUGAUGUAGUUGCAACUUCCUUGAUAGACAUGUAUGCAAAAUGUGGAAACUUAUAUAAGGCACAUAAAAUUUUUGAUAAAAUUCCUCAACAAAAUACAGACUCGUGGAAUGCAAUCAUUUCUGGGUAUGCACGAAAUGACUUUCUUGACAAAGCUAUAAGGCUUUUCAAAGGAAUGCCUCAACCGAAUGUAGUGUCAUGGACUGCAAUGAUUGCAGGAUAUGCACAAGCUGGGCAGGUUGGAAUGGCCUUAGAGUUAUUUAAGCAAAUGCGGUUAGCAGGUAUGAAGCCAAACUGGGCAACAUUCGCUAGCAUCCUCCCGGUGUGUAGUAAAAAGGGUUUGGUGAAACAGGGUAUGGAGAUCCAUCAAAGAAUAAUUGAAUGUAGAUAUUGGUCAGAUGUUGUAGUUGUGACUGCCCUAAUAGACAUGUAUGCAAAAUGUGGAAGUUUACACAAGGCACAUAGAUUGUUUGAUAAAAUGCAUCAUCGAAAUGAGGUCUCCUGGACUGCAAUGAUUGCAGGAUAUGCAAUGCAUGGCAGUGGGAAGGAUGCGCUCGAACUCUUUGAACUGAUGAAGCACUCUGGAACCAACCCCAACCAUAUAAGUUUUGUUUGUGUUUUAUUUGCAUGCAGCCAUGCAGGCCUAGUGGAUGAGGGCUGUAAAUACUUCAGUUCCAUGGGCGACUCUUACUGUAUUAUUCCUAUAAAGAAUCAUUAUGUAUGCAUUGUUGACCUUCUUGGUCGUGCUGGGUUUCUUGAGGAAACCCUAAAUUUUAUCAUAAAAAUGCCAAUAAAACCUGAUGUGGUUAUGUGGAUGUGUUUGCUUAGUUCUUGUAGAUCACAUAAGAGUAUAUGGCUAGCAGAAUUUGUGGCAACAAUCCUUUCCGGGCUGGACCCGGAGUAUUCUGCACCUUAUGUUAUUCUGUCAAACAUCUAUGCAGAACUGGGCAGGUGGAGUGAUGUUCAAAAGGUAAGGGAAUCAAUGAAAGAUGGAUCACUAAAAAAGAUACCUGGUUCUAGCUGGAUUGAUAUCCUUUAAAUGGUACGGAUUAUAUCUGCAAACACAGAAAUUCUAUGCAAAAUUGGAGAAAUUGUCAUGGGAGAUGAAGGCAGCAGAGUAUAUUCCAGAUUUAAGAUCUGUAUUGAAUGAUGUGGAAGAGAAAUAAUUAUCUCUUUUACGAUAUGGAGAAGUUGGCAAUUACAUUUGCGUGAACAUGUAUUACAGUUCCUUUGAAUAUAUUUUGACUGCUACCUUACAACCAACUUCAUCUCAAAGAUUGUUGCAAGAUAAAAUUGUUGAGGGAGAUGCAAAGCAAUUCCACUAUUUCAAACAUGGACAACGGUCUUUUGCAGAUUAUUGGUGAUGCCAAGUGAAGCAAGCAAUAAGCCCAGCCUUGGAGUAUAGCAAAUUGCAAUCUGUCUAAUUUAGACUGUAAUCUUGUACAGCUCUGGAGUGAAAUGCUCCACAAGGAGGCAGGAGAACCAGGAACGUGAAAGGACAAGAAUUAUUGAAGGAGAAUAGAAAGCUACUUAACCAGCAGGAAACGUGGUUUCAUAGGGUUUGAGAGAAUUCAGUCACUUUGGCUUGCAGUUGUGUCAUACUAAAAAGCAAACAAUCCCCAUCAGCAAGAAUUUGCGCACAGAUCCACCAUGAACACCCACACUUUGGGGACACUAUACAGUCAGACCAUGUAAUCAAACCAAUUGCUGCCUGCUGACCAGUAAAAAUGGACAACCUUACUGAUGAAGAAACUGAAGAGAGCACCCUCAAGAUACCCACAGGGCCACAAGACAAGCUAAUGGAAUUGAUAUGAUAAGUAUUCACUUCUAGCUCUAGUCUUGUUCACUAUGAAAGUUUUUAUGGGCUAGUUGAUAUUUCAUUGUUAUUGCUAAUGGAAUUGCUGUAUGGUAGUACUUUGAUGGAAUUCUAUAUGUAUUCCGACUCUGUUUGGGUUUGUGAAGGUUUUGAUUUCAAUAUUGCCUUUUCAUGUGUUUUUUUAUCUCUUCUCCUUUUUCAAUGCAUUUGAAACUUUUAUCCAAAGAUAAUAUUACCUAAACUUGUAGAUGCAGAAAGAAAAUUACAAUUUCUAUUAUAAUGUAAUUGUAUAGUGAGAUAAGGUUAGGGUUACUAGGUGACCUGGAUGAUUCAAAUAAAUAGACUGCUAUCAUGAGCAUAACAUAACAAAAGGAAGCACGUCAUGUCUUGAAGUGGGCUGCAAGGUCGUCUGAAAGUAACCUGAUGACAAUAAAAUAUGAAGUGAAUGCCACUCGUUUAAGGAAAAUAAUGAUAUUUAUGGUCAUUUCAAGUUGAAUUAGGGUUUGGAUAAGUUACAACAAAUUAUGUAUCUUUUGAUUUUUUAACUGAACCUUUAUACAAGUAGGCAUUAGUGUUUGGAAAUUUGCAACCAUCUAUGACAAUUUUCACAUAAUCCAAAGACAGACAUCUAUGUAAACAAGUAUUUGGAAUUUUUAUGCAAAAGAAUAGACAACAUACCAAUAAAGGUGACACAAGAUAUACCUUGAGAAAACCCUCAGGGAAAAUCCCAACCUCUAAUAGCAUCCAUUACUCGUGUAUUAUUCAGCAAUGAAAUUAUUGUAAUACAUAUGUAGAGUCUCCAUGAAUAUCUUUAAAACAAGAAGCUGUCUACAUGCACUCCAAGUGAACAAGCAUGCAAUUCCACAUCAGAUCCAUGCUUCAAAUCCUCACAAGUGCAAUCUACAAGAGUUGCUCACAUAGACUAACCUCUUAGCCAAAAUAGCCAACCUUAGACAAAAACACGUGUGCUAGCUUUUGUAGACAUAAGCUUGCACAAAACCACCAAGUGGUAUUACAUAAAACCAUGAGACUAAUACCAUGAGCUUACAAAACUAUUCACCCCUCAUUUACUUUUUAGUACUUAGUUUUCCCAAUAUUAAAUAUCUUUCCCAAUGCGCAAACCCAUAUUAAAUAUUUAUCAUAAUGUUAUAUAGAAUACAUUAAGUGACCCCAAGAAUGUUAACCCCAUGUGAUACACACAUCCCUAAAUCCCCUUGAUGCCCCACAAAUAAUAUUGAAUUAAAUUAUAACAUUAUGCAAGUUGUACAACACAUCAUUUCCUAACAAUUAGCUCUUUUUAUGUUCAAUGGAUUUGAGAAACUUGAAAUAAUGAUGAAUGCUUGCAUAUUAGUUGGAAUAUUCAUCCAAGAAAAACUUGGAAAACAAAGAAGAAAGGUGAAAUUUGAGGAGUAGAGGAUGACUUAUCUAUUACCCCACCCAAGAUAUUCACAUCCAACUGUACUUAUGUCAUAGGAUCUAUUGGUGCUUCUAUGACCAAGAAGUUGAGCCACCAUGUUUUAAUGGUAGUGGGAGGAAAAUAUGAAGGUGACACAAUUGGAUCCUCUAGAACAUCAAAGUAAGAUCUUUUAGGUUUGAAAGUAUACAUUUGAGACAUUGUUCUUUUCAUGGAGCCCUCUCCCCACUUAAACGACAAACAUGAUGGCUGUUAAAAGCUCUUUCAUAUUUUGUCACUGCUACUACUCCUGAUAUACUUCCCUACUAAAUUUGUGUUGUUGUAACUUAUAGUUGUGCGCAUAGUAGAUCUAAUAGGGUGAUCCUCUCCAAUCAAACCAGCCUGCCUUGAGUCUAGCAAUUAACUUUUUGUAUCUUGUGCAUCUUUGUAAUACAAGGAAUCGAUUAAGUCUUCAUGUUUAUAUUCCAAAUUGGUUCAGACCACAAAGGUAUUAAAUGCCUAAUUACAUUCCCCUUAGGAUGACACUUGAGUAUUUGACUUUUGUGGAAAUUACAACAUCAGAUUUCAUUUAAUUGUACCUCAAUUUUGUGGAAACGUGAAUGUUGUAUUCUCAAAGGAUAACGUGUAGUUUUGGAAAAAUUCCAAGGCUCUCUCUCAACAUGCCUGACAAACCAACAAAAAUUUGCUCACAGAUCUAAGUACAACUAAUCAUUUUGGAACAUUAUAAGGAAGUUGGUGAGGGGAUGCCAAAGUACCAAGUAUUCCUAUGAUACAAUUCAUCAUGUCUUCACAAGACAAUUUUCAUACACAAGAAAUUAUUUAAUCAAAAAUUUAUGUUUGGUAAUCAAAAUGUUUAGCACAAUGGACACGAUAAGGAUCCUUGACUUGGGACUUUGAUGGAAAUAAUAGAUUUUGAUUAAAUUUAAUAUAAAAGAUACACAAUCAAUGAGGUGGGAAAUCAUGUGGAAAAUUACCUCCAUUUUUACAUUAGAAUAAACAAUUUGCUUGGCCUAUUGAAAGGAGAUGAUUUUUCUUAAUUGUUUGCUUUUCAAAUCUCUAUGAUUCUCACGAAUAGUGUACACUAGAUCCGCAUGUUCUCUAUUUGAUGAUCCAAAUAAUCUAUUCAUGAAUAGAAUACUGUUUUUCAUUUGAGUUAGAAUAGUUGGAGAGGAUAAGUCUUUAAAUCUGAUCUAUUUCUCCAAGCAUUUGGGUUUUGUUACCCAUCCUUAAAUGUCCCAAAACAGUAGUCUUCUUUCGCCAAUUUGCCACUCAAGCAUUAUCAUAACCGAAGUUAGGUAGCACUACCAACUUAAACAUAACUUCAAUAACUUUAGAUGUCAACAACAUACAUUCUUGCACAUGAGCACACUUUCCACUUUUCACUUCAUAGUGUGUACAAGUUGAACACAAUGUGUACCAUUGAUAUAGGCAAGGUACUUGAUUUAUAGGGGUCUACUAAUCUUGAUUAGGUUGGAGAUCUAGAUAGUAGGAGGUUUACAAGUGGCUAUUUGUUCACUUUAUUUGGUGGAGAUAAUUGGAUGAGUAAGAGACAAUCUAUAUAGUUGUUAUGUUAACUACAAAAUAAAGUAUAUGGUUGCCACACAUGCUUGCAAAGAGGCAAUGUGGUUAUAGAGACUAUGCUCAAAUAUUAGUUGUACUUGUAAAAGUGUGAGUAUUGGAUGUGGUAGUUAGAGUGCAAUGUGUUUGAUUAAGAACCCUAUGCAUGAAGCCUAUACUAAACAUGUUGAUGUGCAGAGUAUCAUUUUGUUUCCGAAAUGGUAGAGGGUGGACAACUCAUGGUUCAAAAGGUGGUUAUUUUGGAAAAUAUUACAAGUUCACUAAGUCAACGAGCAUAGAGAAACACUAUAUAGAUCGUGGAGAGGGCCAAGUUGAACAUCCACAUAAUGUUAGAGGUGUUUAUAACUAAUCAUGAUUCUCCGAGUGAUUUAAUAUGCAUGUAAGACACAUAAUGUGGGAGAAUUGUUGUAACGCAUCAUUGGACACUUGACAUGAAGCGGAUAGAAAUCUAUGAUUAUAAAUAGUGUUGUAAGAGGUGUUAGAAAACAUCUAUGAUGAUGUUUAAGAAGUUUGUUAUUGUUUUUGGACUUGCCCAGGGAGUUUUAAUUUUGUCCUCGAAUGGGCUAUCUCUUUUCCUCUAGUAAAGUUGGAUGGCCAAUUCAUAAGAAGAGUCUUGAAGACUCUAGAAAGAUGCUUGUAACUCCAAAACACAUGUCAUGAGGUGUUUAUUGCAUGUUUACUACUUGCUCUUUUGUGUUGAAAUUUUUUUAUGGUUUCUUGGAUUACAUUUGGCUAUAUAUUGGAUGCAUGGGAUAAUAGUUUGUAAGAUUGUUUUAUAGGUUAUAUUGUUUUACUAUUGGAACGUUAGUGGACUAAAGUGGAAAGUUGUGUUUAUGUACUCUACAUUUGUGAUUAAUACAUGCCUAUACUCUCCUUAGCAAUGAGGAUUUUUUAUCUAGAAAGGUUUUCUCCACAUAUAUUGAUUUUUUUAUGGUAUUACAUUUUUUUUCUAUGUUAUUUUUAUUUUCAUAUAUGUUGAUAAAU